GCGGUUCCGAGGGAAGACGUGGCGCCUGCCGCCUGCGCGCGCCGGCCCGGCAGGGCUGCCCACGGUACGUCGAGCCAGACGCUCCCUGGGCAGGUCGAGGGUUUCAGGUCCGGUGUCGAUGCAGAUGCUGGGUGCUGUCUGGACGGCGACUCGGUGGGGACGACGUCGACGUGCUGCAGCGAGGACGCAGAGCUGGUGACGGUGAAGCUCAAGAAGAAGAACGGAAAUGGGGCGUACGGCGUCCGCCUGGUCGACACGGAGGACCAGGAGGCCGGUCUCAUGAUCAUGUUCAUCCCCGAGGGCGGUGCGCUGAGCCAGUGGAUCAAGGAGAACCCAUCGGCGGCCGUGGCCCCCGGCGACAGCAUCGUCUCGGUGAACGGCAUCACCGCCCCGUGGGCCAUCAUGGAGGAGAUGGCCAAGUCCAGCUCUGUCGAGAUGGUUGUCCGCCCCGCUGCGCCUGGGGCCAUGGCGCUCCUCUCGAAGUGCCACGUCACGGACCGGACCCUCCAGACGACCGCGCUCGUCCUAAAGCGCACCAUCCGUGCCGGCGACAUCGCGAUGGACUCCUGCGCCAUCUGCAUGGAGGACGUGGAGUCCGACGAGCGGGUCGCGGGCCUCCAGUGCGGGCACGGCUUCCAUCAGCGGUGCAUCGUGCGGUGGCUGGCUCGCCACGGCACUUGCGGCUGCCCGCUCUGCAGGGAGGUCGUCCACUGA